UAGUGGUAUGACUGUCACUUCGGAGCAAAUCAAACGGUUUCCACGUCUGCAGUUUCUUUGGUUGCAUAAUGUAACCUUCCAAGGUGACUUUACAGGCUGUCUUUCUGAGUUGAAAUGGAUCUGUUUGGUCUACCCUUAUGGUAUCUACCGAGAACGUCGUAAUCAACAUUUGGAGGCAACCAAUUUGUUGCAUCUAGAAAACGUGGUUGUGGCGAAUCUUUCUGGGAUUGAAAUCACAAAAGAUGUGUUAGAUAGCCUAAUCAAGGGAGCAAGGAAAUUGAAGGUUCUCACUAUUUAUGGUAAUACUUUGAUAAGUAAGACACCAACCUUUCCCGAGUACUCAAAUUUAGAGAAGUUGACUAUUAUUGGAUUUCAAUCUUUAAUGAAAAUUGAUUGUUCUAUUGGGAAACUGAGAUGGCUGACUGACUUAAGGUUUGAGCAUUGUCCGUCAAUUAAAAAAUUACCUGAACAAAUUGGAGAGUUACAAAAUUUGCAGUGCCUCUGUCUUAAGUAUUGUUGUGGUUUGAUCGAACUCCCCGCCUCAGUUUCGAAAAUAAAGUCGUUAACGGAGCUGGAUGUAUCAUACACAAAAAUUGCGGAAAUGCCCAGUACAAUGAGCAAGUUUCGUCAACUCCAAACACUGAACUUGGAUCUUUGUCAUGAGAUACAAGAGUUGCCAAAGCUCCCCAUAAGUUUGACCACUUUACGGCUGACGUCUCUUUCCCUGCAAACUGUCCCUAACCUCUCAUACUUCACUAAUCUAGUUAAACUACUCCUAUCUGAUGGCAAAGAUAGAGAGCUUCUACCUGAUGAGGAUGGAUACCCAUCAAAUGAAUUCCAAACCGGUGACUUGGGGUGGAUUGGGAGUUUAACCAAAUUGAGCAACCUGUACGUCUGCUUUAUAAAUGUUCGCGCGCCAACUACAGAGUUGAGUUCCCUUUCUCUGCUGAAAAAACUUGUUCUAAAGGGACUAGACUUGCCAACUUUCGAACACCUCCCGUCAAAUUUGAUAUUUUUAAAGCUCUACGAAACUGGAGGGAAACAAGUACACCUCGAUGGGCUUCCUCCAUCGGAAAAGGAGACUCCAUUCCUUCCAACAAGUUUGGGAAAAUCGAAAGAAAACAAGGUGUACACAAAUAAUUAA